AUGUCUGCGGCANAAACGCCAGGCGCUCGUCCGCCAUCAACCAGCGCGCGCAAUAUGGGUCCCUUGCUUCAGUCACCACAACCUCGUGGCCAUGUGCGCACCCCCAGCCCAAACUACUUUGGCUUCAACACUGCCCAGGAAGACUCCUACGACUCGGAAUCCAAUCGCCAUACCAGGAAGAACUGGAGUCCCNCUUCGUCGACCGUGAGGUCCACCGCCGCCUUUUCGCCCACCGUCAUCCCUGUCGACCAGAACCCCGACUUCGACGCUUUCCGCCGUCAGUCCGAGAGCGUUGGCUUCAACCUGGGCUCCCUGCAUGACUUUGACUUCAAGAAGCCCGCACUGCCCUCUGAGAACAAUUCAUCUUCAUCCGCAAACAACUCCGCCUUCUUCAACAACAUCAACAUCUCGGCCAGCCCAAAGCAGACGACCGAGCAAAGAUACAUGCCUCCGUCUGGCCGCGCGCCUUCUGGCUCAAUAUCAGGUGGCCGCGCGCCCUCUGGCUCAAUAUCAGGUGGACGUGCUCCCUCAGGCUCCAUCUCAGGUGCAGGUAACUUCAAUCUCGACCCCGAAUCCGCGUACCAGGGCCGCUCUCCAAAAAGACAUCUUUCUAAUGACUCGCCGUUUCCAGACGGUCUUCGCCAUGCACCUGAGCGCCCGAGCAGCCAGCCCAGGCUGAACAUGCCCUUCAACCUGAACCUCCCUCCCCAACCCCAGUUCAAGCCCAGAGCCGAUACUGUUCCUGUGGCCGGUCCCUUGAACGACUCGACCUCUUUCAUCACUCCCCAGCAUCUUUGUAAUCUGCUCGAGUCUGCUGCCGAGGAGAUGUUGAUACUGGACUUGCGUGUUUCGACUCAAUAUGCUGGUGCCCAUCUGAGGGGAGCUCUCAACUUGUGUAUUCCUACCACUCUUCUCAAACGCCCAUCGUUCAAUGUCAAUAAACUGGCCGAGACUUUCAAAGACAACGCCGAUCAACGCCGAAAGUUUGAAAACUGGAAGAGCAGCAAAUACAUCAUCGUCUACGACUCGGCUUCAUUCCAGCUAAAGGACGCCACUUCUUGUGUUAACACGAUCAAGAAGUUUGACAGCGAAGGAGUCGAGGGAAAAUGUUACAUCCUCAAGGGUGGUUUCGCCGAGUUCGCCAAGAAGCACCCUUCGCAUGUCGAAAGAGCCGGUGGCCAAUCAGGUCGUGCCGGUGCUCCCAUGUCGAUGAAGCUUGACCUGACAGGUCCCGAGAUUGCACCCGUCAUUGGAGGUUGUCCCAUGCCUGCCGAGAAGAACGCCGCCAACCCUUUCUUUGGAAACAUCAGACAAAACAUGGAUCUUAUUGGUGGCGUUGGCCAGAUGGAAAUCAAGCGCCCCACACACUUGUCGAAGCAGAUACAAGAUCAAUUCCCUCCCUGGCUACAAUCAGCAUCUGAAGAAAAGGACAAGGGCGCUCGUGUGUCUGACAAGUUCUUGCAGAUCGAGAAGAGAGAACAGAAGCGCAUGCAAGAAGCUCUUUCAGGAAAGGUCUCGUAUGGUUCACCGACGCAAUCAAUGCCAAAGUCCAGCAUCCAGAUUGCAGGUAUUGAGAAGGGUUCGAAGAACAGAUACAACAACAUCUGGCCAUAUGAACAUUCUCGUGUCAAGCUGCAGGAUGUUCCUUCGCAUGGUUGUGACUACUUCAACGCCAACUACGUCUCUUCGAAGCGUUCGUACAAGCGUUAUAUUGCCACUCAAGGUCCCAUUCCUGCUACUUUUGCUGACUUCUGGAAUGUCAUCUGGCAGCAAGAGACCAGGGUUAUCGUCAUGCUUACUGCUGAGAAGGAGGGUGGUCAAGUCAAGGCUCACAACUAUUGGUCAGACAAGCAGUACGGUCCCAUUCGUCUCGAGUUCCUCUCGGAAAAGCGCGCUUCAUUGGACCCGGCAAAGAUUAAGAGACACCGUCAACAGCGUCCAUCAGUAAGUGGGAGAAAGUCUACUGAUGGUGCUAUCCUCGCACGCAUUGACACAACCACCUCCGACAACGCAGCAAAGGAUGACCAGCCAUAUGUCAUUGUCCGCAAAUUGGCGCUCCGACACGAAGGCUACCCAUUCGAACGUAUGCGUGAGAUCACUCAACUUCAAUACUCAAGCUGGCCCGAUUUUGGUGCCCCAGCGCAUCCGGCACAUCUUUUAGGAUUGGUGGAGCAAUGCGAUGCUGUUGUACGCAGCACGAUGCAUACCAACCCAUCAGAACCGGAUCCCCCAGAGGCACCGCCAAUCGUCGUGCACUGCAGUGCCGGCUGUGGACGCACAGGCACAUUCUGCACGGUAGCCACAGUCAUCGACAUGCUCAAGCGACAGAGAACAUCACGAAGAAGACACUAUCGCGACAGCUCGCCCAUGCACAUUGACACACGCCGAAGCUCUGUACAGAUGAAAGACGACAACAGCCCCUUCUUCGCCGCACCUGCUGCUGCACCGCAACACUCAGAAGAAGACGAAGUGGAUGGCAAGUGGGUGGAUGACGAAACUCAGGAUCUGAUCGAAAAGACGGUCGAAGAGUUCCGCAAGCAGAGACUCAGUAUGGUGCAGAGUCUACGCCAAUUCGUGCUCUGCUAUGAGAGUGUCAUGGAAUGGCUUGUUGAGCAAGAGUCUGAAGACUAG